UGAAAGUGAUGUUCUCGAAGUGGAACUACCACCACUCUCUGGUCCACAAAGGACAGCUGGCCCAGGAAUAUGUGUCUGAGUUCAGGAGGGCCACCAACCCCCCCCCUGAAGACCCCCAGAAGAAACCCACCAUACGCUUCAAAAUCGGACCCCCCCCUCCUAAAACAAAACCCGAGCCUCCUCCUCCGACCCCGCCCCCCAGGAGGCGGGACUCCCCCAAACUGAAGCUUCCAAAGCGUAAGGUGGAGGUGGACGUGUUCAGCAUCUGCUGGAGGGAGUCCUGGAUGAGCCUGAAGCCCCCCAAGGUACCUGUUCCUGAAAGUCCAGGAGGCCCAGAGGCAGACCCUGGGGUUCACCACCAUCCAGGUGACCAGGAGCAGGAGGUACAAAGGAGGAGGCUAUGA